AGGGCUUCAUGCAUGACUAAGGCUUUUCCUGUUGGUAUUUCUCUCUCUUUAUUUUCCACUGCUCUGGCUCACGAGUGUGGCUGCCUCCACCAGCUCCGACAGCGUUAAAGUGAGCAGUCCCCAUAUCAAUGCUCAUUGUGAGCUCUUUAGACAGCGUCAGUUCAGUGACCAGAUCUCAGUCAAGAAGGGUUGCAGUGAUGCGUUGCAGAUAAUACAACAAUUUACAACUUCGAUUUGUGACUUUUUUGACAUUUUUGUUACUUUUGGUCUUAUUUUUGGAUUCAAUACACAACUUUUGAAUCUGAUUAUUAUGGAUGGCUGGGACUCUUGAAUACACAAGGCCAGUUAUCACACCAUCUUUCGGGCUGGACUGUGCGGCAGCUGCUCGGCCCCCACGCCCCCCUGCCAUGGUGUCCCGCGUAGGCAUGCGCCAGCUGCUCAUGCGUGAUCAAAUGCAGCAGGAGGAGCAGCGGGAGCGCCAACGUCACCUGCACCACAUGCAACAACGGGCACCUGGACCUCCUGCUCCCACGCCUGCCAUCAACGCUCCUGUGCACUUCCCAGCACCGAUGCAGGUGCCUGUUGAGGUGCUAAAGGUACAAACCCAUCUGGAGAACCCCACCGACUACCACAUCCGCCAGUCUCAGAGGCAGCAGGUAAAGGAGUACCUGUCCAGUACCUUUGCCCCCAAGCAAGCCGUCCAUGCUGCAGCCGGUGUAGUCCACCCCUCUCCACCCAGCAUGGCACAGUGCCAGUCAGCUGGUGCUGUGCAACCCUUGCCAUCACCAUGUGCAUCACAGCUCAUCACCUCAGCAGGGAACAGUGCCCCCAACAGUCCUAUGGCCUUGUUGAAAAUCAGCUGCAGCCAUGAGAAAGAGAUGGAAGAAGUGAUUGAGGAUAUCAUCAGCAUGCAGUCCAGCUAUGAUGACAUACAAAAUUAUCCUGACUCUGUGGUACAGAUGCCAAACACACUCCCUCUGUCCAGCAGCCAUUUGGACGUGUACACUGGGCCAGGCAUGGCAGGUCCUACCAUCGGCAUGACUAGCAACUCCUGCCCUGCCAACCUACAUCACAAGAGAGAGCUAUCAGAUGCUGAAGCUCGUGCAAUGGCCAAAGAGAGACAGAAAAAAGACAACCACAACCUGAUUGAAAGGAGAAGGAGGUUCAAUAUCAAUGACCGCAUCAAGGAGCUGGGCACCAUGAUUCCUAAAACGAAUGACCUGGAUGUCCGUUGGAACAAGGGCACUAUUCUCCGAGCUUCAGUGGAUUACAUUAAACGGAUGCAAAAGGACAUCCAGAGAACCAGGGAAGUGGAGAGCAACUUCAAGAGGAUGGAGGUGGUCAAUAAGCAAUUGUGGCUCCGUAUCCAGGAGCUGGAGAUGCAAGCCAGGAUGCACGGUCUGCCUAACACUUCGCCAUCAGGCCUGAACAACAUGGAAACCAUGAACCCGUUUGUGAAGCAGGAGAACAGCCCUGAGGAGAUUCACCACCAGCGACCUCCUCCCCAUCAGCCCCCUCAGCUCCAUCCCCAGCCCCAGCAGCUUCACCCUCAGCAGCUCCACCCUCAGCCGCUCCACCCCCAGGCUUCUCAACUCCACCCCCAGCCACCGCUGCAGCACUCGGCCGUAGGCAGCACACAGCAGUUCGACUUCAACCACUCACUGGACUGGUGCGAUGGCAGCAUACCAGGUUAUACUGAUGGCAUGGGGUGCCUGGGAGAUUUGGGCUCUAUAGGAGGCACGGCUAGUAACACCAUGGUUCACACGGGCAAGAAGAACGAGAUGGCCUGGAUGGACGACGCGCUGUCGCCGCUGGACACAGACCCACUGCUCUCAGCCAUGUCGCCCGAGGAGUCUGUGGACAGCAGCCGCCGUAGCAGCUUCAGCAUAGACGACUCGGACAUACUGUGAAAUGGCUCCAGCAUGAAUAUUAACACGUACACACACCAAUUUUGUUCCAACAUAAAGGGCAACGGCACCUGCUACUUCUCAUAUCUUCACAUUCAUUUUUAGGGUACCUAUAUACUAUUUGGCAGGCAAUAAAACCAGUUUAUUCCCUUAGAUAUGAUUUGAUUCACGUUCAUAAACUCAUCAAAAACUAAAUCAGGUACUUACAUUUCUUAUAUAUACAUAAAUACAAAAUAAAGAAAAAGCAAGAUACAUAGCAAUACUACCAUAAAUCAAAAAAGGCCAUUUUAUCCAGAAAAAAAAAACAUUUAAGCAUUUGUUGGCAAUAAAAAUAAGUAGCAAACAAUUUUUAGUUCUCACUCCAAGCACACAGCUUUAAUCAGUGCCUUACUAUUAGCCUUCAGCAUUAAACCAAUGGGGGAAGAAAGGGGAGUAUAGAUUGAUAAUAGAUAUGCAUACAGUAUGUUUUUUUUAAUUAAAUUUUAUCGUCCAAAGGCAGCUUUUUCUCAGGCAUUAAAAAAAAAAACUCAUCAGGGAGAUCAUCCCAAACAAAAAGGAUCUAAGGUAACCCUUUAUUUGCAGAUUCCUUUUUGAAGGCAUUCAAAAAAUGUUCAUAAAUCCUGUAUAGACGUUUAUAUGAUUUUUUAAAAAAUAUUAUGACCUAAUAUAAAUGUCUAUAUAAAUGUAAAUACGUGGGUUGAUGGUAGCUCAGAGGUUAAGGUUCUUACGCUAGUGUCCAGAAGUCACAAAAGUGAACUAGUUCCUUAAUCCUCAGCUCAUCAUUCUAGAUUCUAGAUUCUGCCUCCCUUAGGUUAUAUGGUGUGUUAGGAACUGUACCUAAAGUAUUAUUACUCUUUCAAAGUAGAUCCUUGAAGAAAUAAGUAAUACUUAAGUAAAUAACAGUGUACUAAAUGGGCUUGGUUUCAAUAUUAGUGCCAUGUGCAUUAGGUGAUUAGUGUAGUAGGAUGAUCAAGGUGCUAGAAAAAAAAGUGCAGGUGGUACAGAGCAUGAAGCUAGCCUGUUAAUCCAGCCAGUGUACCUCUUCAGCAAGUCAAAAUGUCCCCCAUGAAGUGUGAAUCGAAAAGGGUGUCAUGCUUAACCUUCCGGUUCUGUUCACCACUCACUCGUAUUGACCCAGGCCAUUUUUUUGGUUUUUGAUUUAAUAGCAACACGGCUAUAAUAUCUUCAUCAUAGUUAUUAGCAGUAGAAGCAAUAAUCACACACGUGGUCCUCAUUCAUACACUCCUUACAGCAGCAUGCGCAUGUGUGUGUGUGUGCAUGUGUGUGUGUACGCACUGUAAAUAAAUAUGGAGAGUGAUGGAGUAAUGGAUCAAUCAUUUUCCCUUUUCUUUUACUUUUGUUACUCUGAAUGACCCCCAAUAUAAAUUCUUGUGAUAUAAAUAUAAUUAUUUUUUAUGUUUUAUUAGAGAAAUAAAUGCAAGCGAAAAGUUUCAUGUUGAAAAGAUUCAAACGUGAUUUGGGUCAUUUUACCCUGAACAGAACAUGAGGUUUAAGCUCCUCAUUGCUAUGUGCACUUCCUCUCUGGCCCAGGGCAAGGAUCUCAUGUGCAAUUACAGCUAUAAAAUUUAAAUAUAUAUAUACAUAAAAAAAAAUAUUUAAAAAAAAAAAAAAAAAAAAGAAUAGGUAAAAGAAAAGUGGUCUUUGUAAUGUUUUUUUUUUCCUUCUCUCUCCCAAAGCACUGAAGAAAAUAUUGUGAUUCGAUGGCUUUAUAAUAGAUGAUUAAAAUAAAAAUAAAAAAAUAAAAAAAGAUUUUAUAUGCCACUAAGCCACUUAAGUGUAUUUUUUAUCUUAUGUAACUUUUUAUUUUUUAUUUGAUCUUCCAAAAAUGACCUUUGCUAUCUCAGUGCAGAGCCAUUGAAAUAUGAAAAUAUUUAAACCACUAGCCUUAUUAUACAUGGUCAGCAGAGCCGUGUAAUUUUUUUUUUUAUGUUAGAAUUUAUCAGGCUUUUAAGAACGUAAAGAACAUGUAUCAUGUUUUUAUAUUGAUUUGAUUUUUUUUUUUAACAUAGUUAUUCAAAAAAAAAAUAUGAUAUAUAUAUAGAAUGAGUGAUGAUUCUGUAAUUUUAUCAGUUUUAAUUAAAACUUUGUGAAUGUGAAUUUUUCCUGUUGUACAGUUAAAGUAGUUUUAAGUAAGCAGCAUGAUUUAUUUUUUUUUUUCUUUCCAUGGUGCCUUUCUUUUCCUAAAACUACACCCCCUUAUACUGCAAUUAAAGACAACCUGCCUCAGAGUUUCAACUGUUUUCACACCGGGUCAGUGGCUCAGAGCUUACUGACUUCUAUUUCCUCAGACUUUUAAAGUCCAGUUUCAUCCACAGCCAGCAUUCAAAGAGUUGUUCUGUGAGCCUAUGCAAAUCUUUGACUUGGUAAACUGUAACAGACGGAAGCUUUUCUGAGCUGCUACAGCGAUGGGGUUCUUCUAAUUUUGCUUAAAUGUGCUUUUUUUUUUCAUGUUAUUUUCCAGGAAUGACAAGGUUUGCCAUAAAUGAAGGAAUAAGAUCCUCCCUUCAGAUAACAAGGCAGAUUGUGAUUUAAAUGAUUGUUACUGUUUUAGCAAACACAUCCAAAAGCCUUUUGAAUUCAAUCUUGUAAAAUUUUAUGGAAGUGAAUGACAUCUAUUAUUAAAUGUAUUUAAGAUGAUUA